AUGUCCGACCCAUUGACACCCAACGUGGAAAACAAAUUAAACGAUUUAAACAAGAAAAUCGCGGAGAUUAAAAAAAAGAUUCAACUAUCAGAGGGACAAAGAAAAGCGAAUUUCGAGGAGUACGAGGCGAGGAAGCAUGAGUACGCGGAGAAAAUCGUGUCCCUCAAACAAAGUAUCCGCGAGUUGUACACGGAGUACGCGAACAUACAAAACAACGAGGGGAAAUCGGCCGGUAGGGUUCACACGAGACGCAGCGCAUCGGCCCAUGAGAAAAAACGCAAUUUAGACGAGACAAUUGCUAAAGUGCAGGAGGACAAUGUACGGUUAAGAAAGAAGUACGAUCUAAUUAAGUAUCAGCGUAAGAAGCGACAGCAGAGGUUACACGCGUUGCUGGAGGAAUAUGGUCAAUUAGUGAGCGAUAAGAUGCAGAAGAUAUUUAAGAAAAAGAUAGAAAACCCGUUGAGAACCAAAAUCGUUAAGCUGGAAGUGCGUCUGGAGCACAUUAGAAUGCUGCAGAUUAAGGCGAACAUUGCGAGGAUGAAGUAUCGCUCGAUGGGGUCCGAUUUUCAAGAGAAAUCAGUGUUCUAUGCGUCGACUUUGAAAAAUCUCGAGGACGAAAUAAAGGAACAAGUGAAUGAGAUCAAGCGUCUUCAGGCAAGACCGUAGGAUUUCGAGUAAAGUCUGUGCUC